AUGUCUCGAGGCACUGUGUGUUGCGCGACGAGCCAAGUUUUGAUCCUUUUGCUAUUCAUCAAACUCAAGGCUAUCUGGGUGAUCAAGAGAUUGUUACAGGAGCAUGUUCCUGGGCUAGACCCCGAUAUCUGGGCAAUCGCUCAGUAUUUUGAGAGAAGCAACGAAUUCAUUUAUCUUCUGGUCAGAGAGCAAAGAGAGAGUGACCUGGAUUUGAUGUUCUUUACUAUGUUGGUCGGCCUCAUUGCGGAUGAUAUUUUACCACCGGCCGCAGUCCAACGCCCGAUACUGGGACUUCUUUUAUCUGACCAGGAAGCCGAGUCGCGAAACAGACAGAAAAACCUGGAUCAGAUAAAGAAGCGGAUUGUGUCAACUAUUGUUGAUCUUAUGCGCUCACGUCCUCUGAGUGUCUUCUUGUCUAUCAUCACUGAAUUAAAUGUCAAUGAAAAACUGCACAAAGUCCUGAGCACUCGAUCCGCCGAAGCAAGCUAUGAGAAUGGGUGUCUUGAUGAAACCAACUUUGACGAUGAGCGGUAUGGAAUGAAUUAUGAAGGCCGAUUUUAA